CUCAUCUCAGGCUGAUGUAGAACAGUGGUUUAAUGUCACACUGCUUCACUACCUGCCCUACCUCAGCUCUCAGCUCAUCAGCUCCACCCAGCUCAGUGGUGCCUCUUGUCUGUCAUACAGGAAACUGGUGUCCAUCCUAGGGGACAACUACACCUUUGCUGCAGCUGAUUUCACCCCAGCUGAUGUGUACAGCUCUAUUAAAGAGUAUUUAAGCAGCGGCAAUGGCAGCCCUCGCUGCUAUAACUCUUCAGAUCCUCUUCUGAACUCCACUGCCUGGUUUGUCGAUAAUAUCGGAUUCUUCAUCACCUUCAUCACCCUCACUGAUCUUCAAUUAUUCCUAUCAGGAAACAUGUCAAGUGUGUUCCUGAAGAACUCUGAAAAUCUUCAGUUGUUCAACAAUGCAAACAUUUCAGCCAGUGUCCUGCAGUACUACACAAGAGAGUUGUACCUCCAGAAUCCUGACUUCAGCCCACUCAGAUUGCCACCUGAGCUGCUGUGUCAAAGUCCUUCCUCCAUGUUUGUUCCUCUUGGAGAUGCAGACAUUCAGACCAUCCUCACUAAGAUCAACAACUUCUGUACAGAAUUUAAUCCAGAGGUUACAGCGGUGCUGGUAGCAAAGUUCCCCAAUAUAACAACAGAUGCCAUCCAAAAGUUGGGUAGCCAGUGCGUGGGCCUGACUGUGGGCCAGAUAAACUCUGCCCCCUCCAAUGUGUUAAACACUACACUGUCUACACUCAGUAUCAUCAGUGGCUGGGACCAGGGCCAAUUGAAUGCCCUCAUCCAGAGCAUCAUUAGUUCAGGCUUUAAUAUCGACAGUGCCUCCUCAGUCUUGUCACUGGGAACACUUAUUGGUGGUGUUCCUUCUGCAACCAUCUCCAUCCUCCCAUCUUCUCAGAUUAUGUCUUUAUCACAAAAUGUAACGUUCAUCAAUAACAUUUUAUCAGCACCAGUUAUUCUGCAAGAGACAUUUGUCCAAAAGGUAAUCUCUGUAGACCAAACUGAAGUGAUACAGAAUGUUCCAGAUGCACUGGUGAUGUAUAUUCCGCUUGUUCUAUUGACAUCACUGAGCUCUGUGGAAAUUUCACUCAUCAAUAACAAAAGCUGGAGUCAUGAACAGGCUAUGAUGCUGUUUGGUGCAGUGGCAAGUGCCAGUGAUAAUCCAGAAGAUCUGUCACCAUCAGUACUGCAGGGAUUCUCCUGUGGUUCAGUUCAGACUCUGCCAAUACAAAAAGCCAAAGAUCUAGUGAAAGCCUGUAGACCACGUGCAGACAGAGACAAGGUUGUCCUGGAAGAGGCUCAGCUGAUCUGCAUGUACAACUACGUAAAACAAGAUCCAUUUGUUAACUUUACUGAUGUCCCCUCUGACCUGCUACUGUACUACAGCUAUGAGAAGAUACCGAAGGUGAACUGCCAGUCAUAUUUCAGUGCCCUGGGCAAAGCAGAUUUCUAUGUUGUUUCUCCUGUCCUUGACAAAAUGACCAACCUGUUCAACAAUGCAAAGGACUGCCUGGGUAUAUCUGGUGUGAGCCUGACCGGGGAUCAGGUGGAUGUUCUUGGGAAUAUGGCCUGCACACUGGAAUUCUCCUACAUUCAGAACUCUGACCCUCUCAUUUUGGAGAAACUAAAGAACUGUGAAGAUCUUUCUGAUUCUCAGAUCACUGCUAUACAGUCACUGCUGCUCAGUGGAAACACUACUUAUGGUAAUCCAUCAACAUGGAAUGAGCAGACCGUGGAACAACUCGGCAUGCUGGCUGUUUAUUUCAAAUCAGACCUCUGCAACAAGCUUAGCUUUAAUGUAAAAAGGAAAGUUCUUUCAGUCCUGAGGAAGCAGAAGCUCCCAAUAAAGAAACUAAGUGCAUUCUUUACAGAAUGCAACUCAGAAAGCACUACAGUGAGCAAGAUCACAGCAGCAACAAUUGCAGAUACAUCGUUUCCUUACGGCUUUAACUCCACGCUGUUUGAUCUGUAUCUGGACAUCGAUGUCCUACAGGACAACCUGGCAGCCAUUACUGAGAAAGUGGUGGACACCAGCCUCCAGAAUGUCAUUCUGAACAAGUUAAACCAGAUUUAUCCAUCAGGCCUUAAUGAUGAUGUGCUGCAACUACUAGGUUCCACGUCUCGGGUAGCAUCUAUUGAUGCUAUUAGCAAAUGGAACAUUACUAUAAUUGAUACGCUGUCCUCUUUACUGGACUCAAAUGAUGGAAGCUGGGAACCAGAAAAGAGUAAAGCAAUCAUCAUGAAAUAUCUGAGCAUGGAUAAUCACUCUCUGGGAAGUGCUGAAUUAAAUGUCAUUGGUUCUAACAUCUGUACAUUAGACAUCAAUGUACUUGAAAAUAUCACUGCUGAAAGUCUAAUGAUGGUCUUGCCUCCAGAUCUGACUUCAUGUUCAAUCCAACAAAAAUCUGCUCUGUUCAUCAUUGCCAAAUCUUCAUUUAGCAAUUUUCGCAGCAAUGCCACAACAUAUUACCGACUCUUGAUACCUUAUCUAGGCGGAGCUUCUGUGGAGGACAUACAGGACCUUUCAACUCAUAACAUCAGCAUGGACAUUACAACAUUCAUUGGACUGAACCUGGCUGUUCUUUAUGCCCUGAAUGUCAAAACUGUACAGUCUCUAAUGGGGUUAAAUGUGGCAGAUUUAAAACUGUUUGAGAAUUCUUCAGCAGUUCAGUCUUGGGUAUCACAACAGAUCCCAUCUGAAUUAAAUAUGCUGAAUCUUGGCAUUAUCAACUCAAAGAGCAAUAAUUAUUCCACAGUCAUCACUACAAGUUCCAUGACAUCUAUUGACACUACCAUAUCCAGUGUCAACACAAUGACAACAAUUAUCAACACAUCUACAGAUACAAAUGCCAUUCUCAGCACCAAUGCUUCCCCUGUUACAAGUUUCAAAGACAUUUCCACUGUUGGAACAACGGCCGACACAACCGCCCCUUCUAAUACCCCCAUGACUGGCUUUGAAAUGAGCACUUCUAUUGGAGCACAUGUCAACAUGUCUACAACUAGCAAUGCUCUUCUUACAGCUAAUGCUUCCCUCGUGACAAGCAUUGAAAUGAGCACUAUUGCUGAAAAAAAUGCUGACAUGUCUGCCACUAGUAAUUUCCUCCUUACAACAAAUCCUUCCACUAGUGCAAGCUUUGAAAUUGGCACCUCUGCCGAAACAAAUGUCAAUAUCACUGCCACUAGCAAUGCCUUCUAUACUACCAAUGCUUCUCUCACUGCAAAUAUUGAAAUCACCACUUCUUUCCCAAACAAUUCUGGCACCAUUGUCAACAUGACAACCAUCAGCAAUGCCCUUAUCACUAGUACCUCCCCCAUGACAAGCUUUGAAAUUAGCACUUCUAAUGGAGCAAAUGUUAACAAAUCUUCCACUAGCAAUGACCUUCUAACAAUUACCGCUUUUCCUUUGACAAGCUUUGAAACCAACACUGGCACCAAUGACAAUAUGUCUGCCACUAGCAAUGCCCCCCUGACAACCACUGCUUCAAUUACUACAAGCUUUGAAAUCAGCACUUCAGCUGGAACAAAUGUCACUGCCACUAGCAAUGCCUUCUAUACUGCCAAUGCUUCUGCCACUAAAAAUAUUGAAAUCACCGCUUCUUUUCAAAACAAUUCUGGCACUAGUGUCAACAUGACAACUGCUAACAAUUCCCUUAUCACUAGUGCUUCCCCCAUGACUAGCUUUGAUAUUAGCAAAUCUAUUGGAGCACAUAUCAACAUGUCUACAAUCAGUAAUGACCUUCUUACAACUACUGCUUCCCCCUUGCCAAGCAUUGAAACCAACACUUCUCCUAAAACUAAUAACAACAUGUCUGCCACUAGCAAUGCCCUGCUUAACACCACUGCUUCCACUAAUACAAGCUUUGAAAUCAGCACUUCUGCUGGAACAAAUGUCAACAUGUCCACCACUAGCAAUGCCCUCCGUACAACCACUCCUUUCCCCAGUGCAUCCUUUGAAAUCAGCACUUCAGCUGUAACAAAUGUCAACAUGUCUACAACUAGCAAUGCUCUUCUUACAACUACUGCUUCCCCCUUGACAAGCAUUGAAACCAACACUUCUCCUGAAACUAAUAACAACAUGUCUGCCACUAGCAAAGCCCCCCUUACAACCACUGCUCCCACUAUUACAAGCUUUGAAAUCAGCACUUCUGCUGGAACAAAUGUCAAUACCACUGCCACUAGCAAUCCCUUCUAUACUGCCAAUGCUUCGACCACUGCAAAUAUGGAAAUCACCUCUUCUUUUCAAAACAAUUCUGGCACCAGUGUCAACAUGACAACUGCUAACAUAUCCCUUAUUACUAGUGCUUCCACCAUGACUACCUUUGAUAUCAGCAAUUCUAUCGGAGCAAAUGUUAACAUGUCUACUACUAGCAAUGCUUUUCUUACAACUACUGCUUCCCCCUUGACAAGCAUUAAAAACAAUACUUCUCCUGAAACUAAUAACAACAUGUCUGCCACUAGCAAUGCACUCCUUACCACCACUGCUUCCACUACUACAAGCUUUGAAAUCAGCACUUCUGCUGGAACAAAUGUCAACAUGUCCACCACUAUCAAUGCCCUCCGUACAACCACUCCUUUCCCCAGUGCAUCCUUUGAAAUUAGCACUUCAGCUGUAACAAAUGUCAACAUGUCUACAACUAGCAAUGCUCUUCUUACAACUACUGCUUCCCCCUUGACAAACAUUGAAACCAACACUUCUCCUGAAACUAAUAACAACAUGUCUGCCACUAGCAAUGCACUCCUUACCACCACUGCUUCAACUACUAAAAGCUUUGAAAUCAGCACUUCUGCUGGAACAAAUGUCAACAUGUCCACCACUAGCAAUGCCCUCCGUACAACCACUCCUUUCCCCAGUGCAUCCUUUGAAAUCAGCACUUCAGCUGUAACAAAUGUCAACAUGUCUACAACUAGCAAUGCUCUUCUUACAACUACUGCUUCCCCCUUGACAAGCAUUGAAACCAACACUUCUCCUGAAACUAAUAACAACAUGUCUGCCACUAGCAAUGCCCUGCUUAACACCACUGCUUCCACUAUUAACAGCUUUGAAAUCAGCACUUCUGCUGGAACAAAUGUCAAUACCACUGCCACUAGCAAUCCCUUCUAUACUGCCAAUGCUUCGACCACUGCAAAUAUGGAAAUCACCUCUUCUUUUCAAAACAAUUCUGGCACCAGUGUCAACAUGACAACUGCUAACAUAUCCCUUAUUACUAGUGCUUCCACCAUGACUACCUUUGAUAUCAGCAAUUCUAUCGGAGCAAAUGUUAACAUGUCUACAACAAGCAAUGCUCUUCUUACAACUACUGCUUCCACCUUGACAAGCAUUGAAAACAACACUUCUCCUGAAACUAAUAACAACAUGUCUGCCACUAGCAAUGCACUCCUUACCACCACUGCUUCCACUACUACAAGCUUUGAAAUCAGCACUUCUGCUGGAACAAAUGUCAACAUGUCCACCACUAUCAAUGCCCUCCGUACAACCACUCCUUUCCCCAGUGCAUCCUUUGAAAUCAGCACUUCAGCUGUAACAAAUGUCAACAUGUCUACAACUAGCAAUGCUCUUCUUACAACUACUGCUUCCCCCUUGACAAGCAUUGAAACCAACACUUCUCCUGAAACUAAUAACAACAUGUCUGCCCCUAACAAUGCACUCCUUACCACCACUGCUUCCACUUCUACAAGCUUUGAAAUCAGCACUUCUGCUGGAACAAAUGUCAAUAUGUCCACCACUAGCAAUGCCCUCCGUACAACCACUCCUUUCCCCAGUGCAUCCUUUGAAAUCAGCACUUCAUCUGGAACAAAUGUCAACAUGUCUACAACUAGCAAUGCUCUUCUUACAACUACUGCUUCCCCCUUGACAAGCAUUGAAACCAACACUCCUCCUGAAACUAAUAACAACAUGUCUGCCACUAGCAAUGCCCCCCUUACAACCACUGCUUCCACUAUUAACAGCUUUGAAAUCAGCACUUCUGCUGGAACAAAUGUCAAUACCACUGCCACCAGCAAUCCCUUCUAUACUGUCAAUGCUUCGACCACUGCAAAUAUGGAAAUCACCUCUUCUUUUCAAAGCAAUUCUGGCACCAGCAAUACCCUUAUCACUAGUGCUUCCCCCAUGACAAGCUUUGAAAUCAGCACUUCUAUUGGACCAAAUUUGAACAAAUCUUCCACUAGCAAUGACCUUCUUCCAGUUCCUGAUUUUUCCUCGACAAGCUUUGAAACCAACAUUUCUCCUGGAACCAAUAACAAUAUGUCUGCCACUAGUAAUGCUCCCCUUACAAACACUCCUUCUCCCAGUGCAAGCUUUGAAAUUAGCACUUCUGCUGGAACCAAUAACAAUAUGUCUGCCACUAGUAAUGCCCCCCUUACAACCAAUGCUUCCACUACUGCAAGCUUUAAAAUAAGCACUGCUGCUGGAACGAAUGUCAGCAUAUCUACCACUAGCAAUGCCCUGCUUACAACCAUUUCUGCUGAAAACACAGCUUUUACUGAAAAUGCCAUUAUCAGCACCACUGCUUCUACCAUUUUAAAUAUAAAAGCCACCACUUUAUUUGAAAACUUUGUCAACAUUACUGUGAACCCAUGUCAAAAUGUUGACAGUCAAACAUUUGAGAGUACACAUUUGGAUGGAAAUAUUUCUGCACUACUUUGCAACAUUAGCAUCACUUACUAUGCCUGUUCUUCGGUUACCAUUUUGUCCACUGAUGAACUAGCCAAACUGCUAAUAUGUGAAAUGGAAGGCAGUAUUAAGUACCCAGAAGAAGUUUGGAAACUGUUUUUUUACAAAUUCACAGGACCAUUGGAUGAAGCCUUGGACCGGAUUUCCAAUAUGACCCUCAGCCGUGCCAAUGCUGAUCCAAAUAUACUUGAUGCCAUUGGGGAAGUUAUAAUUAAGGACUUUACCAUAGCACAAAUAAAGAAUGUCACUUUUGUCAGGAUUUGGUUUCUUGUAAGGUUUAGACUGUUUUUGUCAUCAGUGUCCACAGACUUUCUGUUCAACCUCAGUUCCAAAAACUUCAGCUGUGAGACAUACCAAAUUGUGGUGGAGGCUCUCGGUAGUCAGGAAUCACUUAUGACAAAGAAACAGAAGCAGUGGGUCUUUACUUCAUUCAUCUUUCCCUUCCUGUCAAGAGUUGACUUGCCAGAUCCUGGCUGUGUUUCCAGCACUUCUGGCAGCAAUGACUGGUUUGAAAAGAACCUUGGCAAUUUCAGCAAUUAUGCCACCUUAAAGGAGCUCCAAAUUCUAAAUGCUAAUUUCUCCAGUGUUGCAGUGUUCGGUUUACUGUCCAGUGAGCAGAAAGCUGAGUUCAUUUUGCAGCCAGAUGCAGGAGUGUUGGGAAAUGACUCUGUGUUUAGAGAGGUGUUUGGCCGUAUGAUCACAUCUUUAGAUCUGAAUCAACUUGUCAGCUUCUUCACAGCCUUCAGCCAGAUUGCAAUACAAAUGAACAUGACUAGCAUUCCUUCAGCAACAUCAGACACCAUUCUGAACAUAACGUUAAUGAAUCUGGCGCCUCACUUCCAAAGUUUCAGCUCGAAGGACUUUGCACUGUGGUUCCAGACUUACCUUUCCAUCUUCCUUCCUGUGACUGGUCCAAGCACCCUGUCGAUCAUCCCCAUGAACAUCAGCUGUAACUCCUACAGAGAGAUAGUGAAAGGCCUUAAUAAUGUGUACAGUAACCUCUCUGUAACACAGUCCAACACUAUCUUCAGUUACAUACAAGACUAUCUGAAGUACCAGUCCAGCCAAGGCUUGAGCUGCUAUGGCAGUGGGAGCUUCUACAUGUUCCUGAAACAGUUGUUCCUCAGUUUUGGAUUCCCUGACCUAAAUGAUUUCCUGUCCCUUAUUCCGGCUGAUCGACAGGCAGAGAUUUUGAGCUCCAUCUCAACGGAAGAACUCAGCGAGUAUCUGAAAAGCACAAACCCAGUGAUUAAUGGUUCUGAACUCUGCACACUACUUAACAAUUACAACAGAACCACUCAGUACCUGGAGAUGGAGCCUGUUUUGUCCUCAGCUCUGGCCAGCCGAACAUUAGAGUGUGUGUGGCCUCGUGCACUUAGUGCCUCAUCUCAGGCUGAUGUAGAACAGUGGUUUAAUGUCACACUGCUUCACUACCUGCCCUACCUCAGCUCUCAGCUCAUCAGCUCCACCCAGCUCAGUGGUGCCUCUUGUCUGUCAUACAGGAAACUGGUGUCCAUCCUAGGUUACAACUACACCUUUGCUGCAGCUGAUUUCACCCCAGCUGAUGUGUACAGCUCUAUUAAAGAGUAUUUAAGCAGCGGCAAUGGCAGCCCUCGCUGCUAUAACUCUUCAGAUCCUCUUCUGAACUCCACUGCCUGGUUUGUCGAUAAUAUCGGAUUCUUCAUCACCUUCAUCACCCUCACUGAUCUUCAAUCAUUCCUAUCAGGAGACAUGCUCGGAUUGUUCGUGGAGAAUUCAGAAAAUCUUCAAUUGUUUAACAAUUCAAAAAUUGCAGUCAAUGUCACAGAAUAUUACACAACUCAAUUAUACAUUCAGAAUUCCAACUUUAACCCCCUCAGAUUACCAGGUGCACUUAUCUGUAAUGCUCCUGGCUCUGUGUUUGUUCCUUUUGGAGUUGAAGAUACUCAGACCAUUCUAACAAAUAUCAACAAAUUUUGCAGUAAAACUAAUCCAGAGAUCACAGCCACACUUGUGGAGAAGUUUUCUACUGUGUCUGGACCUACAAUUCAGUUGCUUGGCAGCCAGAGUGGUGGACUAACUGUUGGUCAGAUAAGCUCCGCCCCCUACAGUGCGAUAAGCAAUGCUCUGCCUGUGCUCGGUAACAUCAAUGGCUGGGACCAGGGACAAGCAAAUGCCCUCAUCCAGAGCAUCAUUAGUGCAGGCUUUGAUAUUAGCGGUUCAUCCUCUCUGUUGUCUCUGGGCACACUAAUUGAAGGAGUUCCCUCUGCAACCAUCUCCAGCAUCCCAUCUUCUCAGCUUUUGUCUUUAUCCCAGAAUCAAAAAUUCAUCAAUAACAUUUUGUCAGCUCCAGUCAUUCUACAAGAAGCAUAUGUCCAGCAGAUCAUCACUGUAGAUCAGACAAAAGUGAUAGAAAAUGUCCCAGAUGCAUUGGCUAUGUAUAUCCCAGUUGUUCUUUUGACAUCUGUGAGCUUUGUUGAUGUUUCAUUCAUUAAUAACAAGAGCUGGAGUCAAGAACAGGCUAUGAUGUUGUUUGGUGCUGUGACCAGUGCCAGUGAUAAUCCAGAAGAUCUGUCAGCAUCAGUACUGCAGGGAUUUACCUGCAGUUCAAUUCAGACUCUCCCAAGGCAGAAAAUCAAAGAUCUUGUGAAAGCCUGUAGACCACGAGCAGACAGAGACAAAGUUCUUCUGAAAGAGAGUCAGCUGACUUGCAUGUACAACAACAUUAAAGAAGGCUCUGUGAACUUCACUGAUGUUCCUUCUGAUAUGCUCCUCUACUACAGCUAUGACAAAGUGCAACGUGGGAAUUGCAGAUCAUAUUUCACUGCUUUGGGUAGAGCAGAUUUUUCUGUUCCUUCAACUGUUCUCAACAAACCAGCUACCCUGUUCAAAAAUGCCCAGGACUGCCUGGGUAUAUCUGGUAUGAGUCUGACCAGGGAUCAUGUGGAGGUUCUGGGGAAUAUGGCCUGCACACUGGACUCCUCCUAUAUCUAUAACUCUGACCCUGUCAUUUUGGAGAAUCUGAAGAAUUGUGGAGAUCUUUCAGAUUCUCAGAUCAACAGUGUACAGUCAUUGCUCCUCAGUGGAAACACUGCUUAUGGCAAUCCGUCGAAGUGGAAUGCACAGACUCUGGGGCAACUCGGCAUCCUGCCUCUCUAUUUCAAAUCAGACUUCUGGGGACAGUUCAAUUUUGAUCUAAAAAAGAAAUUUUUAAAGUCAUUUAUGCCCUUCCUGAGGGAUCGAAAGACCCCAAUACAGAAACGGAGGAACUUUUUUAUGGAAUGUAAUUCCAAAGUGUCCAAAGUCCGUCGUGCUGCAGAAUGCACUACUGGCUACAUCACAAACAUGAUAAUUGCAGAUGCAUCAUUUCCUGUGGGAUAUGACUCCACUCAGUUUGAUUUGUGUUUAAAUGUAACUGUCCUUCAAGACAACCUGGCAGCAAUCACCGAAAAAGUGGUGGACCCCAGUUUCCUGACUAUCAUUUUAAACAAGUUAAACCAGAUCUACCCAUCAGGCCUUACUGAUAGGGUGCUACAGCUAAUGGGUCCCACUUCUCGUGUGGCAACUAUCAGUGAUAUCAGCAAUUGGAAGAUUACAGUAAUUGACACACUGUCCUCUUUGAUGAAGUCAGAUAAUGGAAACUGGGCAUCAGAGAUGAGUAAAGCGGUGAUUAUGGGGUAUCUGAACAUGGCUAAUCACACUCUGGGAAGUGCUGAAAUAAAUGCAGUUGGUUCCAACAUUUGUUCUUUGGAUGUCAGUGUACUGGAAAAUAUCACUCCUGAGAGCUUAAAGAAUGCAUUCACUUUGGACCUGUCCUCAUGUUCCAUUCAACAGAAAUCUGCUUUGUACAUCAUUGCCAAAUCCUCAUUCAGCGGACAAAACAACACUUACCAACUCAUCAGGCCUUAUCUGGGUGGUGCUCCUGUACAGGAUAUACAAUUUCUUUCUUCCCAAAAUGUCAGCAUGGACAUCACCACCUUAUUGAAUCUAGACCCAGCUGUUAUCAUGGCCCUAAAUGUGAGCACAGUGCAAGGUCUACUUGGGGUGAAUGUGGCUGAUCUGAAGUUAUUUGAGAACUCCACUGUGGUUCGGUCCUGGGUGGCUCAGCAGUACCAGCAGGAUUUGAACAUUUUGAGCAUUGGCCUGACUGGGGGCAACCCCCCCUCUGUGACCUCUCAAUCAUCAGUCACCACUGUCACCACCAGUCAGACAAACCAAACAACUUCUUCUAAUACCACAACUCAGGGUUCAAGUGCACCUAUAUUACAUGCAGGAGCACAAUACCUUCUCUGUGUAGGACUCCUGACUUUCACACAAACUCUUAGCACAACAUAAUAUUUUUCAUACUAUUAAUAAUUUUUAUAAUCAUGUAUAAUGUUUUAUUCACUAUGCAUCUCAUGUACUCAUAAACUCAUGUCUCAGUAUGCUAGUGGAAUAAAUAUAUUCUUUAGCAUAUUUAAAUGAAUUAUUAUUAUAGAUUUUCGGUGAAUGUAUGUUGUUUCUUUAUGCUUGUAAAUGUUUGGGCUAUAAUUAAUUUAAGGCCAUUCAUAUUAAAUCUCUUAAUGAUUAUAGAUAAAAUAAUAUAUUUCGAAUAAUAAAUUGUUAAAAAUC